GAUAUUCAUGAAAAAUACAGUUCAUUCAUGUUAUUGUGAAAAAUUUCGUAGAUAAAAAUAUUUUUUAGGCAGAAGCAUAAAUAUAUUAAAGUCUGACGGACAUUAUGAAUAGUUAUUGGAUGAAAAUAGUGAAAUUAAAUUAAACAUGGUUUUUGUAAAGGAUGUUUGUGGGAUAAUAUGUCUUAUUUUUACAUAUCUUGCACUGUUUUAUGCUGACUAUGUAGUUACACGAUGGAUAAUUAUGACAGUUUUCACCAACUCGCUUUGGGGACCUUUCAACGUAUUCUUAUUUAACACAAUCAUUUUUUUACUUGUGAUUGCGCAUUUGAAAGCAGUUUUUCUAGAUCCAGGAACUGUUCCACUCUCCUCAAAUCGUCUAGACUUUUCUGACCUUCAUUCGCAUCCAAAAGAAUUAGAAAAGGAUGAAUGGACUGUAUGCACAAGGUGCGAGACAUUUCGCCCUCCAAGAGCACAUCAUUGUAGGAUCUGUAAGCGCUGCAUAAAAAAACUGGACCAUCAUUGUCCUUGGAUAAACAACUGUGUGGGGGAAAGGAAUCAAAAAUAUUUUCUACAAUUCUUAGUAUAUGUCGGGGUGCUUGCAAUUUACUCAAUAAUUCUAAUAGUAAUUACAUGGAUGUCUGAAGUUGAUAAUAAUAUUGAUCAAGAAGAAAUUCAAAAGAGAAUGCUCCAUAGCAUAAUUUUAUUACUCGAAAGUGGACUUUUUGGAUUAUUUGUAAUUGCCAUAAUGGUUGAUCAGCUACAUGCCAUUUUAUAUGACGAGACGCCUAUUGAACAAUUGCAAAUGAGAGGGAGUUAUCGACCGCAUAGACCAAAAAUGUAUUUGAUGGGAGAAGUUUGUGGACAUAGAACACCAUUUAUUUGCUGGCUUUUACCAUGCAGUUUAACAAAUCGAAAAUAUGAAUAUGAAUCGACAAGCUUUCUUAAUCAUGACGUUUAAAUUAUUAUUUAAAAAAAAUAAAACUACUAAUAACUGCUUUUGUAUUGUGAUGAUUAGGUCAUUAAAGAAUUGUGAGAAAUUUAAUAAUUGUAAGAAUGUCAUCGUCUCACUUAGGAACAUUUAUAAACCCUUAAGUUAUACACCUUCAUUCUACAUUGAUGUAUUUCAUAUAAAUAGCCCAAAACUCACUCCAAGAAGGCAUUUUUACACACAAAAGAAAAAUAAAGUAGAAGCAAACUCAUUGCAUAUUUAUCUGUCGAAUGAAACAGACUUAACACUGCAAAUAAACUAGCUAAUUGGAAAACUCAUGUACAUAGAACAGCUCGGUUCUUGAGUCUAUUCGAGCGAGCUCCUUUAUUUUUAAAAAUUAAUAAAAAACUUUUUGAUUUGUACAUGAUGACAUUUUAGCAUCUUCUGCAUGACAUCAUAGUAUUAAUUUCAGAUAUUAUGUUUCGUAUCCUAUCAAUUAUCUCUUUUAAUUGUUGGUUCUUCUCACGCAAUACUUCAUUCAAUUCCCGAUUUUCAGUCAAUGCCUUCUCAUAUUCUUCAGCAUUUGACAUUGGUUCAAUUGUGUUUGUUGUAUCUCCUAUAUACGGUAUAAGAUUUUCAAUCUCUAUAUACUCUUCAGAAUUCUCUGACUUUUCAUAUAAUAAUCUUAGUCUCUUAAAAAGUAAACGAAUGGUUCGAAAUUGAUCCUGCAUUUUUUGUUUUUUAUCAUCGGCCGAGUUUUGAGUUCCAUUUGGUGGUUGUAAAUUUUUCAAAGUACUGAAUAUGUCUUGAAAUCUCGAUAGGAUAUCCUGUACAGUUUCUUGUCC